CAGUCGCUCAAGCCGCCGGCGUGCCCUUGCCCUCCCCGCGUGUGUGGUGGGCCUCCCCUAGGUCGACUCAGCCUCGACACGAGUACCUGCCGGGGAGACAAAGGCGGUCGGGCGUGGUGCUGCUGGGUCACCCACAUCUACACAUCUUCGUGGUGCGCCGCGACGCCGUCAUGCUGACAUCGGCGCUCGCCCGCGCCAGCCGGGCGCUACCGCCGGGCGCCGUCGCCGCCUCUCCCGCCGGCGCCGGGGCCUUCGUUCACCGCCGGGCCUUCCGUCCGUCGGCCACCACCUGCUCCUCCACCUCAUCUGCCUCUGGGUGUCUGUCCCCCGUGUCGUCGCGCGCCGCCGCGUUUGGAGAGCGCCUGGCCAUCUCGGACCGGCACGGCACGGCGACGUAUGGGGCCCUGCUGCGGGCAGCGGGGCGCGUCGCGCGGCGCAUCCAGCGGGCACUCGGGGGAGAUGACAGCGGGAAUCCGGCGUCGCAGGCGGUGGCGUUCCUGUGCCCCAACGACGCGCGCUACGUGGCGGCCCAGUGGGCCACGUGGCUACGCGGCUCGGUGGCCGUGCCGCUCUACCACCGUCACCCGCGGCGCGAGCUCCACUACGUGGCGGGCGACUGCGGCGCCCGCGUCGUCCUCUCGACGGAGGAGUUCGCCGAGGCGGCCGCGGGUGUCGCCCGCGAGAUUGGCGUGCCGCACGUCACGGUGAUGCACAGCGACGUGUAUGGUGGGGGGGGUGGCGGCGACGACGACGACGGGGCGGGGGGGGGCGGGGCGGCCGCCGGCGGCGACUGGCGAGACCACCCGGCGAUGAUCGUCUACACCAGCGGCACGACCGGGAGGCCCAAGGGAGUCCUGAGCACGCACGGCAAUCUCCACGCGCAGGUCUCCUGCCUGCUGGAGGCUUGGGAGUGGAGCUGCGAUGACGUCAUCCUCCACACGCUGCCCCUGCACCACACGCACGGCAUCAUCAACAAGCUUCUGUGCCCGCUCGCCGUGGGGGCCUCGUGUGUCAUGCUCCCCGAGUUCGAUGCCCGGCAGGUGUGGGAGCACCUGCUGAGCGGCGAUGCGUCGCCGCGGGUGAACGUGUUCAUGGCGGUGCCCACGGUGUACGCGCGGCUCAUCGACUACUACGACGAGCACUACACGCGGCCUCGCGUCCGCGACUUCGUGCGCGGCAUGUGCAAGGAGCACAUCCGCCUCAUGGUGUCGGGCUCUGCGGCGCUGCCAACGCCGGUGCUGGAACGCUGGGAGGAGAUCACGGGCCACCGCCUCCUGGAGCGCUACGGCAUGACCGAGCUGGGCAUGGUGCUCUCAAACCCACUGCGCGGGGAUAGGAUUCCCGGCACGGUGGGGUCACCGCUGCCGGGCGUGGAAGUGAGGAUCGUCAUGGAGGCGGUGAGUGGGGGGGGCGAGUCGUGCAAGGCGAUCGUCCAGGCAGACAGCAAGUCCACGAGGGUGACGCCGGGCUUCGAGGGCAAGGAGGGCGAGCUGCAGGUGUCAGGACCCUCCGUCUUCAAGGAGUACUGGCGGCGGCCUCUUGAGACCAAGGAGGCGUUCACGUCGGACGGCUGGUUCAAGACGGGCGACACGGCCGUGUACCGUGACGGCGCGUUCCGCCUGCUGGGGCGCACGUCAGCUGACAUCAUCAAGAGCGGCGGGUACAAGAUCAGCGCGCUGGAGGUGGAGUGGAAUCUCCUGUCUCACCCCGACAUCACCGACGUGGCGGUGAUCGGGUCCCCCGACUCGCUGUGGGGCCAGCGAGUGACGGCGCUGGUGGUGCUGCGGCGGGGAGCGACGCUCACCCUCAAGCAGAUCAAGGAGUGGGCAAGGGAGAGGAUGGUGGCCUACACGAUCCCGUCGGAGAUGAUCCUCAUGGAUGAGCUGCCCAGGAACGCCAUGGGCAAGGUGAACAAGAAGGACCUGCUGAAGAAGUUCUUCCCGUGACGGCGGAGGGGCGCUGUUGACGGCUCCAGGUUUUUGGUGGGGGGCUGG